CAUAGAUGGACACGGGCCACGCCUUAGGGUUAGGUAACCCUGCAGAUAGCCAUCCCGAGCUAGGCCACUCUCGGCCUGGCUUGAAACAAAGUGGUCCAUCGCGGGGUGUUAGUCAGCGGCUUGGCGCCAAAUGCCCCUUUUCCCUUUCUCGCUGUUUGUGUGGACGGUGUGUGCAUACCAUACACAUCCAAACCCUGCGUGCGCCCUCGUCCACGUCGCAUCCUAGUGUCAUUCCAGGAUUAUUUCCCCCUGUCUCUCACGAACCUCUCUGCUGUUGAUCUUGUGAGUUGCCAGAGAUCGUGUUCUGCAAAUUUCCCAGCUAUUGUGCGACAUUGUUCAGCGUUGAUUGUUUGUUCAUGUGACCAACGGAGUCUAACAAAGAAUCACGACCAGGUUCCAGAGACACACGUGGAAAGCCAAUUGCUGUCAGCCCUCGAUUGCCGAACCAUAACCUUUACUUCUCGGGCGCCAUCGCCGAAACAAUCCAAGAUGGGUGGUUCCGUGUCCAAGUUGAUGGGGAAGAUCUUCGGAUCUAAGGAAAUGCGCAUUCUGAUGCUGGGUCUUGAUGCUGCCGGAAAGACCACCAUUCUAUACAAAUUGAAGCUCAACCAGGAUGUCACCACCAUCCCCACCGUGGGCUUCAACGUCGAGAGUGUGACUUAUAAAAAUGUCAAAUUCAAUGUCUGGGACGUCGGUGGACAGGACAAGAUUCGUCCUCUGUGGAGACACUACUAUUCUGGCACCCAGGGACUCAUCUUCGUUGUGGACUCCAGCGACACUGCCCGUCUGGAGGAGGCCAAGUCUGAAUUGCACAAGAUCAUCAACGAUCGUGAAAUGAAGGAUGCAUUGUUGCUAGUGUUCGCCAACAAGCAAGACAUCGAAGGCCGUCUUGCGCCUUCGGAAAUCACCGAGAAACUGGCCUUGAACAAGCUCAAAGACCGAUUAUGGAAUGUGGUGCCUAGUGUAGCGACGGACGGCAGUGGUAUCUUUGAAGGAUUGGCCUGGUUGUCCAACAACGUCAAAACUCCUGCACCUGCAAAAUAAUUCUUCCUAUCGGGAAUUUCUCUCACGGUCAAUCAUUGGCACACCGGAUUUGUAUAACGCCUUUAUUAAUCACUUGACAGAGAUAUAUAUACCAUCACGAUCACGCAGCAUUCCGAGAUUUGUUUCCUAUUCAGUGUGCCGGUUUUGUAUGCAUGUCGCCUCUGGCUCUCAUGAUAUCCCUUCUGUAUUCCAUUAUGUAUUUCGUUCUGUAUUUCCUGGACUUCUCCAUUCCCUUUCUAAUCUAUCGUCAUUUCAUCAUUUUUACUGCCAUUUUGAAUUGUCAUUCGACCUGUUUCUUUCCCUUCACUCAUGAAGAUAUAAUACGCAGCGAAUUAUUGUAUAGACAAAUGUGAAGAUUAAACUAAGUUUCGG